CCAGGGAUCCCCAUCUCGGAACGGGCGGCGUACCUGUCACAGGUCUACAUUGGGGUGACCUCGGUGCUGCUGUGCCUCUGUAUCAUCGCUUUCGGAACGCGCAUCUAUCAGAGAGUGUUCCCGGUAUGGAAAGCCGGGCUCGACGACUACUUCGUUGUAGCAGGCUUCAUCCUUACGGUCGCCGACUGGGCCAUGCUCCUCACCAUGAUGGUCCCCACGCCCCGGCUCGUCCCGCUCGACCGCUCGACCCUGGCCGGCAAGAACUCGUGGCUCGCCAUCGCCGUCUGGGGCCUCUCCAUGACGUGCAUCAAGACCUCCAUCGCGCUCACCCUGCUGCGGAUCCAGGGCAGCCAGCGGGCGUGGCGGGUAUUCCUGUACACCGUCAUAGCGGUGCAAGCCGUCUACGGCGUGGGCAACACGCUGUUCAACCUCGCCAUCGCCUGCCGCCCGCUCGAGGCCGCGUGGAACCCGUUCGUGGUGGCCGCCGACGGCAGCGGGGGCGGGUGCGUGUCUGCCGAGAUCAUGCGCGACGUGUCCAACGUCGGCAGCGCCGUCAACAUCGCCACCGACGUGCUGCUGUCGCUGGCGCCGGCGACGUUCCUGCGCAAGCUGAACCGCCCGCUGCGGGAGCGCGCGUUCGUGUGCGUGAUGAUGGGCAUGGGCCUGCUGGCGAGCGUGUCGUCCAUCGUCAAGACGGUGAUCGUGAAGGACUGGGGCGAGCCGACGGCGACCGGGGGGGACUGGUGGGCGACGGGCGUGUCGAUCUGUACCUGGACCGCGCUGGAGCAGUUGCUGGGCGUGCUGGCGGCCUGCGUGCCGGCCAUGAAGGGCGUCUUGCAGCGCUGCUUGGGCGCGAUGGGCGUCUCUCUCACGGAGAGUAGGUCGCAGCCCCGGUCCGGGUAUUAUGCCCGGCAUGCCGGCACCGGGCUCGGAGGGACGAGCCGGACUGGG